AUGGCACGGAAGUCCGAUGUCCAUGUCUUUGCCCAUGGGAGGACACAAAAUCACGAGCUGCUAGAAAAUCAGACUGUUAAUUUUACCGAUAUCUACCUUGAUGUCCAUGUGACAGCAAUGCGAGAAUUGAUGAUGAAAUCUAAAGGUCUUGCGACAUCUGCGGAGCUACACAGCUUUUUUUGUCAAACUCAAGAUCAACCUGCAAUGAUCCAGAGAACUCCAGAGGCGGCAAGAGAAAGGUCCUGA